AUGUCUUUCAACCAGUUCAACAACAUCCGCCGCCAUGAGAUCCUCGAGCGUAUGGGCAUCGAGCAGCUUCCUGCCCUGAUGCCCGGCCAGGAGCAUCCCGACGUUGAGCCCGAAGAACGCCGCCCAGAAGUACCUCUCGUCAUGCUUCCCGUGCCUGGCAGGAAGUGCCCUUCUUGCCUUGCCAAGGGCGAAACCGUCUGGGUCAUUCCCGGCAAAUGCUGCCCUGCGUGUGGCACCCCUGUCAACUGA